AUGAAGGAAGGGAUGGAAGGACUGCGGCUCGUGGCCGACUACGGCGACGGGUGCGAGCUGGUGGCCGUGUUCCAGCACACCUACCGGACUGAGGGUGUCUUCGCGCCGCGGGUGUGGGUAGACAACAACAUCACUCAGGUGACUCAGGUCCUGGCGGAGCCCGUAUUGUUGUUGCACCACCUGUCCGUCGACACACUCCAGGCGCCAGAAGUGCUCGCGACAGGCACCACGGCUGAGUUCGUUCUUCAUCUCCUCCCGCCCUCCCCCUCCUUUGUCCACCUGUCCAGUCACUGGCUCAUCUCCGACAGCAGCGAUGUGAUCAUCGCCAAUCUGACUACUACCUCCACCGCUCUCACCUGGUCAUUCCCUCGCCCAGGGGUGUUCUCGGUCAAAGUCGUGGCCAGCAAUCCGCUGAACAGUGUCACAGCCUCCGCCUCACUGGUCGUGCUAGAGUCGGUGGAGGGACUGAGCUUGAGAUGCGAACCGGAUCCUCCCCAUCUGACGGUAGAACAGGAGCUGCACUGCCAGGCCGAGCUGUCGCGAGGCAGUGACCUUAACAUCUCCUGGGACUUUCAGGAUUCCAGCUCAGAGACCGACGUGGAAACCGCCGGUCUGGUAUCCAAGGCAACGCACAUGUACACGAGGCCGGGUGGAUUCAAUGUCACUGUACAGGCGUCUAACCUGGUCAGCGAACCGGUGAUCCACCUGCAGAUGGUCACCGUGGACGCACCCGUGCAAUGCUUGAGGCUGGAGACCAGUGCCCCGGCUACUCCUGGCGAGAAAAUCUUCCUGGUGGCCACCGCCGUAGGAGGCACGGCCGUGAACUUUGACUUCGACUGGGGCAAAGGCCGGAAGUCUUGGGAGGGCGAGACGGAGGUGGUGAGAGCUCGCACCUCAGUAGGGACCUCAGUGCAGUUCUCGCGCCCGGGUGUGCACAACAUCACGCUGUACGCACACAACCCUGUCUCCCACAAGUCGCUGACCACCCACCUGGUCGUGCAGCAGCCAGUACCCGACUUGGAGCUGGUGCCGCAUCGCAUCAUCCAGCGCCCAACGGUUCCGCCAUCUUUUUUGUCCAACAGAAAGAUGAUCCCUAAUUAUACGGGUAAGCUGACUGAGCGACAGGACCUGCUCUACCAGCUCGACUUCUCUGAUGGAGGCAGGAUCGUGUCCCGCUCGCCGGUUCUGGAGAAGCUGUUCACGUACAACGGGAACUACAGCGUCAACUUCACCGCAUCCAGCGAAGUGUCUACAUACAGGCAGUGGCUAAACUUGGAAGUAGAUACUUCAGACGAACUUUAUGGAAAACCCAGACUGCAGCAUUCAACAAUUGUCUUCCAGAACCGCCCAGUGGUUUUCCAGAUACUGGACUUUCCAAGUGAUGUAGGAAAAAUAGAAGUACACUACAGCAAUGACAGGACUAAAGUGCUGAGAGGUGGUCUUCAUGUGUGGAACCAUGUGUUCCAAAACCCAGGUGUGCACACGGUGGAGGUGGCCAUAUAUGGCAAGAGGCGGGGUGGAGUCCAGCGCUCUGGUCCCACCCUUCGCUCGGUGCUGGUGGUGCAGCAGCCAAUCAGAGGCCUGCAACUGGCUGGUCCAGCUCACGUGGGCAUCCACUGUCACAAUGUGUGGAAGAUACAGGUGUCACAGGGUUCACAUCUGGUUUGCCAGUGGUCUCUGGAUGAAGAGCAUGAAGAACACUUCACUUCAGUUCUUGUUCGCCAAAUGGGAUUUACUGCAGCAGGUGCAUACACUCUUGGUGUACAUUGCCACAAUGACAUCAGUCACAUGUCGGCCUCCAUAAAUGUCACCGUCAGCCAUCCAGUCUCAGAUGUGCAUCUGUCAGUGCCUGUGAUGGUGCGUGGCCAAAACACCACCUUCACUGUCACGGUGUUCGCAGGUUCGUAUUUCUCCCUGCAUUGUGAUUACGGUGAUGGCACCAAGGAGCAGUUUGUGUCUAGACAGAUGCAGCUGGUAAAUGUGGAACCUCAGAUACCUGAGUGGUUGGAGCCAGUGCCAGCAUACAAUAUCACCCUCAGCCACAGCUACAGUAAUGUCGGUGCCUACAACAUCAUGGUGACAGUUUUCAAUGACAUUUCAGUGUUGUCUCGUCGCACAAUCGUCCGAGUUGAGGAGGCAAUUGGUGAGAUCUACAUGGAAGUGCGGCCUUCAGGCAUCAUUUCUUUGUCAGAGACUGUGCAUGUUGCUGCUGUAGUCAGUGCUGGUGAUAAUCUGCAGUUUGAGUGGGACUUUUCAGGAGACUUCAUGCUUCCAUCAAUUUCAAGUAAGGGGAACACCAGUGUGGCAGCCAAGCCAUUUAGCAAAGCAGGAGAAUACAACGUGGUAGUCAAAGUCACCAAUCAUCUUCAGAGGGAGCCAGUAGUAGCCAGCCUGCCAUUCCCCAUCAUCGUGCAAGAGCCAGUGGUGGAGGUCAUGUUGGUGCAAGUUGGAACCCCAGGGGCUAACUUCAGCCUCCUUACUAAUCUCAGUGACGAAGUCGUCUUUGAGGCAAAGUCUGCAGGCAACCCUGUCAGAUUUGUGUUCAGUUUUGGAGAUGGCCACAUACAAGAAGUGGAAGGAAGUCUGAACAUGAUGAGCAUUAUGGAAGCCAAAGUCAUACAUCGAUAUACAAGUGAGGGUGUAUAUACAGUGAUGGUCACAGCAUCCAAUGACCUCGGUAAUGCAACAGCUUUUUUGCCGUACCCUCUUUAUGUCCAAGUACCUGUACAAGGGCAGUUGUUAAACAGCAUAAAUUUCUGCUCUCACUAUGGAGAGGAAAUAACUUUGACAGCUUCACCAACCGAAGGCACCAAUGUCACUUAUAGGUGGAGGCUAGACGAUGAGACUGAACUAGUAAAUACAAAUGGCACUGUUCGUCAUAAAUAUCAGCAGCCAGGCUCUGAGACAAUUGAAGUUACAGCCAGCAACAAUGUUUCAUCUGUUACCAGCUAUGCUUUUGUAGAAGUUGUGGAGCAGAUACAAAGUGUAAGCUUGCAUGUGGAAAGUCUGAUUGUUGCACUGAAUGAAGUGGUGGAAUUUAAGGCAAUUGUCAUGCCAGAAAGAAAUGGAGAAUCAGCUCGGUACUUUGUGUGGAACACAAAUGGUGUGGAUGCAGGCCAAAGCAAAGAGCCACGCAGAAGCCACCAGUUUUCACGAUCUGGUUUCUACACUGUGUUUGUAAAAGCUUUCAACUGCUACAGUAAUGCAACUUCCAUUCCUGUUACAAUCCAUGUGGUGUCGCCACUUGUUGACCUCGCUAUUGAGGUGGUUGGGGACUACCUGGCUGGCAAGCUGAUGAAGUUUACAGCUGAUCAUUAUCAGGGCGACUACUUAAAUUUCACCUGGAAUUUUGGUGACAACUCAGCUCCACUAUUUACAGAUAAGACAGCAGUGUGGUAUACUUAUAACAGAACUGGUGAAUAUAUGGUGACCCUUCUGGCAAAAAAUCCACUUGGACACAAAGAAGUGACCAGAACUGUCUUUAUUUUAACUCAUGUUUGCAGACCGCCAUCUGUUAAAAUCAUUGGAUUAGAGCAGGUGAUGAGGUGGCAGCAGCUGCAUGUGGAAUCUCAGGUGACUGUCAACUGUUCUGUCACCAACAACAUUCUCUACACCUGGAAGGUGAUACAGCAGAAUAAUGAUGAAUCAGGAGAAGACAUGAGGACAUUGCUGUUGAAUUCUCCACAAGCUGCUUUGACGUAUCCAGACCUUAUCAUUCCUGCCCACAUUUUACCUCUUGGCCACUACAAGCUGUCUCUCACUGUCACAAUGAAUGGGACAGAGAUUCCAGUUUACCAGGAGGCAACCACAAGUGUGAAUGUGGUCAAGUCACCACUUGUCAGCCAUAUUCUGGGAGGAAUCAUGCGACUAUACAGCCAACAGUCUGUUGUUACCCUCGAUGGCUCUCAGUCACAUAACCCAGACGAUGCCGAUGCAUUACUAAGCUACCAGUGGGGCUGUCAAGUUCUAGAAGAGAAAAAUAUCAGUUGCUUCAACCAGUCUUCUGCUGACCAGAUUCCAAGCUUAAACAGCUCCUCGUUGCAGUUUCCUGCCACCAUGUUGCGUAUGGAUAGAAAAUACUUCCUGUUUAACCUCACUGUCCACUCACCAGCCUCUCAUCCUGUGAACUCAACCCAAGUGAUUGAGCUGAACAACAUCAACCACAUCAUCCCAGUUGGAAUACAUUGUCGGAAUUGUCAGAGAAUGUUGGUCAAUUCAAAUGACAAACUGUCCCUGACAGCUGUUUGUGGUCAUGACACUUGCACUGGCAAGCACCUGCACUACCGCUGGGAAGUUUUUAUUGUUGGUGGGGAUAACUCUGGACAUGCUUAUGACAUGGAGGGGAAGCAUGUCUGUCAGCAAGCAGAUCGGACAAUCUUUCAAAAGCAGGUCUUGCAAUCCACAAAUACAUCAACCACCACUACCACCACCUCAACUGCUUCCACGACCACUGCUUCAACAACACCACCAGCAAAAGCACAACAGCAUUGCUAUCUGUUGGGAAUACUUCAGAACUGCAGAGCAGACAUCAACUACCCAAAGAUCGCUUCAGGGGUUUACCAGAUAUUCUGGCACCCUCAGAGGGCCGCAUCUGGGCAGCUCGUGGCUAUGAUAACAGCAGACGAAUCCAGACCUCACGCAUCUCUGACAGAUUGCCUUUACCUUCGGUGGACAUCGCCGAGGGCACUGCAGGCGACAGAAAACUUGUUCCAAGGGUGGAGGAGCUGACGACCCCACUGCCAUGCUCUCCUGUGGACUGCGUGCAGGUGAACCCGGUGAGGCCUGCCUCGCCCCCUCCACACAUCAUCACCAAGAAGCGCCUGACCGUGGAGCUGCCGGCCUCCAGCCUCAUGUCGGAGGUGGACAGUCCGGCCCU